AAAUCUGACGCACACACAGACUCCAAAACCUAAACAUUUUCAAAAAAUGUAACUUUUGUAUUAUUAUAGUACGCAAAAACAUCAAAGUUAGUGUUAUGUACUUACAAACACCUGCUUAAUAAUUAUAAUGUAUACACUGGGGCCGAUAAAAUGCAAAUCCGUAGGUGGGAUUGUCUGCAGGUACUUAAGUUCUGCAGAGAUUUCGACUGCCCUACGCCCAUUCUACUUUAGUGUGCACCCAGACCUCUUCGGCAAAUAUCCUCAACAAAGAAAAACCAAUGAAAAUUCUCUGCAGCAGUUGAGUGCACUAAUAGAGGCACAACAGAGUAGCCGCAACCUAGCUGUUCCUCCACUCCCCUUUUAUUUAAGGCAGAAAGAUAAGCCAGAUGGGGACUUUAAGUUAGUCAAAAUUCAUCUAAACAGUAGAGACGUCAGAGAAACAUUAGUCAAAGUCUUAAGUGCCUGUGAUAUAUCAACACACUAUGUAGAAGCAAUACCUAGAAAAGCAUCCAGAACAGUAGUCAAUAACAGAAAACCCGAUUUUUCCAGUACUAAUCAAGAUUUCGCCAGUGCCCAUGAACGAUAUAGUAGUAGUUUUGAAAGUGCAGCUCGUAUGAAGAGAAAAGUUGAAGAAAGAAGGGCUGUAACUAAUAUUGUGGAUUGGAUUCAUGAAAACAGUGAGUUAGCAAAGGAAAAGUACGAGUCAACCAAAGCGACACGAAAUCAAGUACAAACUCUUAUAAACGAACUGCGCACAGCUUACGGUAUAAAACAAGUUAAAUACGAUAGUGGCUGGAAUAUCAGUCAUAUACGAGGGGCCGUACAAAGUCUAGCGUCGUUAGCAUCACAGCAUACCAAGGCUAUGGAAAAUUUAAAAGGUAGAACAAUAGCCCUAGGCCAAUUCACUGGUGUAAGUUUAGAUGGAGACGUAUUUCUCAGCAUAAUAGACGUUAGAAAUGAAUGGCUUUCGCUGAUAAAAAAAGUGAGUCAAGAAGACGGUGCCUUGGCCAUGAUACCAAAUUACGAGAAAACUUUGUCCAGUGUAUUAAGAGACAUUCACAUUCGUAGAAGAAAGUUCAUGCCGAAGGUGUCGGCGACUCAGUACUGCAACCAUCUCCGUCAGCUGAUCACAUCUAUCGGCGACUUCUAUGGAAACGGUCAGAAGUUCCCUUCGACAGUGCCCGAUUCGCUAAGCAAAUAUGAAAUUGUUGUCGAACCGGAGGCGGGCCCGCUUAUGGUGUCUCCGACAGGCCAGUUCAUCACGCCCUCGUCCUGCCCCGCCAGCGAGCUCAUCAAUUUCAUCGCCAAAAACCUUGACGAGGCCACGCUGCACCUCACUGAAUACAGCAUUAACAAACGUCUGCCGUGUUCCAGUAACAAACACGUGGAGAAGGCUUUACACAAGGAAGUGAAGGAGCGGUUCGGUCUGCUAGAGCUACAUAAAGAUGACAGCAUUACUCCAGGGCUGAUGAUCUUAUGCUGUCAGCGGCUACUUACUCAAAUUGAUACCUUAGAUACGAAACUCCGUGGUAACAUCCUCUACAUAACACAUUACUACUCUGUAUUGACGGAAGGGGCACUGUGCAUACCUUGGAACUUUAAAUGAAUGUACCUUCAACUUCUCGAAUUUAUAUAGAAACUGUUGUAAAUAGAUAACUAAAAUAAAAUUACAAAACAUU